AUGAGUUUAUAUAUAACGGAGCUGCGCUUCAAAGAAUGUGACACCAAAAAUGGACUAAAGGUAUUAAAGAUAUUAUUGAAUGACGAGAUAUUACAAAUAUUUCGUUGUUAUGACCCUCUAGACUUUAAGAAUCUUACUGAGGUUGCUUCGGGAGGAUCCGCCUUGGUUUACAAUGUAUACUGGAAAAAUAUAUCAAAACUUGCAAUUAAAAAAUUCGACAAAAACUUUAAUCAGAACACAAUUAUCAAUGAAAUUCUUCUAACAGGGAUAGUUAAUUCUCAUCCGAAUAUAAUUCAAUUUUAUGGAGUUACGAAAUUAAAAGACGAAAUAAAUUAUUCGCUUGUUCUUGAAUAUGCAGAUGGUGGAACAUUAAGAAAUUAUUUAAGGAAUAAUACUAUAACUUUUGAAUGGAAGAAUCAAUUAAGGUUUGCUAAAGAAAUUGCAAGUGCGAUUUUGUGGUUACAUGAUAACACUAAGGUCAUACAUGGAGAUCUUCACCCUAAUAAUAUUUUAAUACAUAAAGAUACAAUAAAAUUAGCAGAUUUUGGACGUUCAUGUCAAAAGGGAUCAGCUAAUCAUACCAAAGCGUGUGGUGUAAUACCUUAUAUGGAUCCUAAAUUUUUUGAAGAAAAUCAUUCAUAUGGUUUAACUGAAAAAUCAGAUAUGUAUAGUUUGGGAAUAUUAUUCUGGGAAUUAACAAGUCGUUUAUCACCGUUUGAUUUUGAAAAUAAAAAUCAUCUUGAAAUUAUUCGAAUUAAGCAAGAUAUUCUUAAUAAUAAGCUGAGAGAAACUCCUAUUCCAGGCACAAAUGAUAAAUUUGUUUCGCUUUAUAAAAAAUGCUGGCAACACGAACCAGAUGAAAGGCCAUAUAUUGACCAAGUAAUUCAAGAACUUGAUAGUUUUAAUCCUAUUGAUCCUAUUGAUUCUGAAAACAAUUGUAAUUGUGUAUCAACUGGUCUUAAUUCUAAUGAAAGUGUAUCAACAGAAAAUGAAAUUUUUGACUUGCCAAGUUGUGAAGAUUAUGACAUAAACUCCGAUAGAUAUAAUAUUAGUGUCAGAUAGUUUCGUAUUUCUUUUUUUUAUUUUUCGGGCGAAGUUUAUUACGAAUACAGCCAUAUUUUUUGUGUUUAUAGGUUAUUAUUUUCUUUUUUAUUUGUAAUUUCAAAAUAAAAAUAAAGUUUUAAAAAACUAUUAUU